GCAGCCCCAAUUAUGUAAGGUUCUCAAUCAAAUUCAAAACCCCAAAUUCACCCCGAGAAACAAGAAGGGCACAUGGAAAUUCGAUUGGUUUCAUUUUCUCCUCCAAAAUUAUUCUAAGGCAACAACAAUUAAAUUCAUCCUUCUCAUCUCCAUCUAGUUAGCUCAUUAGUUCAUCACUGCAAUCAUCAGGUUAGUGUUCGGUUUUUGUUUAAUUCAGAAUUUGGGGUUCAAAGUAUUUUUAAUUAUAUUUAGUAGUUUGAAUUUGGGUAUAUUUGUCUGGUGAUAUGAACAUUGAUAGUCUAGUAGUCUCAGCAUUGUGGUGUUUCAGCAAAUAUAAGGCGCUGCAGUUGAUCUUAAUGGUUAGUAUAGCGUCACUUGUAAUAGUAGUUAAAGAAUUCAAAACUUAUCCCUGAUGGUAAAACAUUAAAAGACUCUAUACCCAAAGAUGAUGCAAAACAACUUCUUUCGAAAGAGGAUUUGGAGAGAUUACAACUGGGUAUCGAGUGAAUGUUUCAGUUGAUGUGAACUUUUUUGAAUGUAGACAAUGCAUGAAGGCUGUUUGAUAAAUUUCCUGAACAAGCAUGUUUGUUCUUCUCAUCUCUGAAACAUCAAAGACUAUAACCAUCAGCCAUCAUCCAUUUUCCUACACUUCGUUUUAUACUCAAGUAACCCAUUUUUUAGCAUUCUCAGCUCAGUAAAAUCAUCCUCAGAGAAGACUUCCUGCAUCGAUGGCGAAAAGAAAAGUACUUCAACGGAAAAAUGUAAUGUUUAGGUUAUCUCCGGAACAACUAUGUGAGAUCGCAGAGAAAAUUAGAGAAAAAAUUAACGAUGAAGAUAAUCCAAAACCAAAACACUUGGAAGCGAUGAAAAACUGUCCAUUCUGGAAAUUUUAUCGACCAUUUCAUGAAGGAAGAAUUCAUGAAAAGGGGGGUAUACAAAAAAAAACAUAAAAUUGGCAGGCAUAUACUGAACACUUUUGAUCCAGUAAAAGAAGUAUUCCAACUUGGAGGAGGAAAGGAAUUUAAGUCUACAGCAGAACAACUUGCAGUCAUAUUUGGGUUACAGAGGACCAAAGCAGGGGGAGAAGAAUUUACUUUCGAUGCAGUAACACAGCCUAAUGAGGGGCAGAAGAAUCUAAAUCUGCAACAAACACAGUUUUUAAAAACAUAUCUGAAGGGAAAGACACAGAUGAAAAGGAAAGAUAUCCUUAAUUCACUUUAUGCAACAGCAGGGAAUGUAACGAAACCAGAUGAUUUCGUCAAGUUACUUGUUUUGUAUUUCUGCGUUGCAAUUUUCUUCCCCAGACUGAGUGGAGCUUCACUACCGAGUAAUUUUCUCAAGUAUAUUUUUAAAAUGGAUCAAACGUCUUGGCCUGACUUGAUCCAUUCAUACCUACUGAAAGCUUUAAAAGAAGCCGAGAAACCCUACAAUUCAGUUAGGGGUUGUAUCGUAUACAUAUUGUUUUGGUUUGCUGAAGUUACACACUCCAUCAGCAAAAAUGAAGGUGAACUAGGCAUAUGCAAACCUCGUUUUGCAAGGUGGAAUACUAGGAAGCUGGCUGAAAAGAUCAUGAACGACGGCAUGACCUCUCUGAAACAAGAUCUUACUGGAUCAUUCAUCGAUCCUUUAGAUGAAGAUGAACAGAGCCUGAUGACACCAAUUGAAAUACGUCAAGCAACUUUAGAUAGGAUACGGGAGAAGAGGGUCAGGGAUGGAGAUAGAGAUGAAGAUUUGGACUUGUCUCCAGAUAGCGAUUCGGAUGGAGAGAGUGAUGAAGAUUGGGAGUUGUCUCCAGACAUAGAGUCAGAUGGAGAGAGUGAUGAAGAUUGGGAGUUGUCUCCAGACAGAGAUGCUUCUCGCCGUUCGGAGGAUCUAGCUCAUGUCUAUCUGUCCAAAAAGAGAAAGAUAAGUAGGAAAGAAUCACACCCUCCUGACGGAAAAGGAAUUUGUAAUGCUGAACCUGAAAAUCUUCCUUUGUCAGAACCUACGAUGCCUGCCAUCCCCAUCCUCUCGACCCAGGAAACCGGGGCAAGAGUGAAUGAGACUGACGUUCUCCGCACCACUGUGAAUGACUUGCAUGGCAAUGAUGUACACAUAGAGAGUUUUUUUGUCUUGUUCCGAAGCGCACACUACUGCAGUUGAAUCGCUUGAAGUGGGGUCUACAAGCACUUACGCUCAAGGGAGAGCGGAAGAAUUUGAAUUUGUGGACUACUUAAAGAUUCCAGAAGAGUAUGAAACUUUGUAUAAGAAGAUCUAUGAUAAGUGCGGAACUGAGUGAAGCGUUGCUGGAGAGAUGGGAAGGACACAUUAAAGAUGCCGAGACCUUGGAAUUCAAUAUUAAGUGGCUUCGAGAAGGCUUCAAGCGGCUUAAGAAACAUUGGAUCUCUUCAGUCGGGAUAGAUAAAAAAGUUGAAAGUUAUGAACAAGUAUUGGAUGCAAUGCAGGUGAAAUGUGUUGGCCUCCUGACAAGAAAAGACAAACUUGAAACUGAACUUUCAGAAGUGAAAAGUCAGAUAGUGAAAGCUGAAGCGACGAUUUCGUCUGUGGAAGAAGCUAUUCAAGAAAUGCAGACUCAAAAAAUCAAAUUUCAGCAUGAACCUGUUCUUGGAAUAGUGCUUAGCUGAAUUUAGAAAUUGCAAUGAAGCAAUCAGAGCCAUAUGGCCUAGAGAAAGAGACAUACAUCACGCAUCUUAUAUGUUUACUGCUAUUACGAGUUCAAGAUUAUUAGUGAUGUUCAGUUUCUGUCAAAAAGUUUUUGCUAGUGAACUUGAAAUAAGUUUCUUUGUUUCUCUAUGGUGGUUGUUAGUGAAUGUUGGUUGAUUCAGAUGUUUACGAGUGAUUAGCAUGUCUGCUUACUCUGCUACAGUAAAUGUUAAAUGGUUGACCACUUUGUUUCAAGCUGUCACUUCUGGACACCAAAGCUGUUCAGCAAAUGCCGUUCUCAACUGUUUUGCUAAACAUAAUUGUCUUUUGUCUUGUUUUACUUUCUGCAUCUUCUUCUCUGAAGAUUAGCAAAAGAUUUUUUUGUUGGUAAUUGACGGUGUUUCUUACAAAGCUCUUGACAAAAUUAGGCGACCUCUGUAUGAAAAGUAUCCAGUGUCAUCAGCAUCUGUCAGGAACUCUCAGAUUUCUAAAUUUCCUUUGAUUAGUUUCUACAGAGGAAAGUAACAAAUAAAAAGUUUGUAUGAGCUGUAACAUACUGGAUUCCUGAAUAGGAGCCCAUGUUUUGUGCAACUUGUUGAGUGGAGCUAGAGAUUUUUAUGCAAAGGUGAGUUUUCUGAGGUAGAUUUCAAGGACGAAAAGUCCAAGAGGAUUUUACGUAGUGCUGGAAAGAAAUAUGCAACCGCAUCCUCGCCGUUUCAAUCCAAAUCUAUGUGAUAAGUUGGUCGUGUAGCUUAUCAAAGAUGUGGAAGGCACUUGCAGGGUUUGUGGCGUUUCCCAUCAAGUACGAUUGUGUAGUCUUCAGACCUUUCAAAUGGGGGAUACUUGAAGCUGCGGUUACCAUGGUUGGUCAGCUAAUACCAGAAGAUAUGGAAAUCCAGGCUGGAGAUAUCCCAAAUUAUUCAACUUCAGAUGGAUCAGUUACAUCAGUCAAAAUCCAAAAGGAUAGUGAAGUACGCGUAAAGAUAAUUGGAAAUCGAGUUGACCUCCUGCUCCUCAGAAAGUGGAGACAAAUGACUCGGGGAGAAUCAGAACAUCAAGUUCCUCAUAAUGCACACAUGCUCCAUUUUCAGCCGUCUGGAUCUUUAAUCUCUCGGAGUUAAAGCUGGGCCCACCCUCUAGGCAGGCCCAACACAACUAUGAGGAAUUUUGUAAUCAUCAUCUUAUUGUUGUAUGGUUGAAUUGAAACCAGCUGGUAGUUUUUGACUUUGGGUCCUGCAAGUGGUGCUGAAAUAAAGACUUUUAAGUUCUAUAUUUCAACAUAACUGUUCAUUCAUCUGCUCAAACUGAAGAAGCCGGAGCUCUAAUAAAAUGGAAAGACAGUUUAAAUUCACAUUCUCUUACCUCAUGGUCACUUACCAAUGGAAGCAGCACCAACAAUCCUUGCAAGUGGUCUGGUAUUAAAUGCGGUGGCAGUU